UGUGGAGCUAGACCGAUCAAGGCAGUGCGAUGGGUCGAAGCAAAAAGAAAUGUCAAGACGGUGAGGUGGGCCGAAGCAAAAAGAAAUCUUCUUGGUGGAAGAAGAAAUCAAGAAAGGAAGGAGAAGAAGCAGACAGAAAGCCCCAAGGACAGCACAAAAACAAACUAUGGAAGUUUCUGGGCAGGUUCCACAGGAAUCAAGAAGCCCAAGCUGCUGCCAUUCAACUGGGAGAAAAUUCUGAAGAGUUCUUGCAGCUGGUCCAGGAGGGCCGGUUCCUGGAAGCCUGCCAGAGCAUCGCAUCCCUGGCAGGUGAUGAGCAGGACUGCAGCUCCCAGUAUCAGAUCGUGGCCCAGGGCAUGUGGCAGGUGGUCCAGGAGGCCCUGCGGGGCAGCGGGGGCAGGCAGGAGCUGCAGCCGAAGCUCACGUCGGUGGUGGCCGCGGUGGAGUGGGCACGGGGCUCCUCGGACAGCUCGGACCUGGGUGGCGGCCUGGCCUCCUGGGACGGCCGGCUGCGGAACCUGCUGAGGAAUGACGCCGAGGCCCGAAUGCCCCUGAGCUCCGGGGACCAGCUGGGCAGGUACCUGGAGGAACUGAGCAAGACUGUGGAACAUGGCCUGGGCUCCCAGAGGGAAGGCCGGUGGGGAGCCCGCUUCUUGGCGAUCUACAGAGAGUGCUUCCAGGACGUGCUCCUGGGCUGCCUGUCCACGCUCCUGGCCUGCAGCAAAGACCAGAGAAGCUGCUGUGAGCUGUACACCUGGGGCAAGGAGACCUUGUUUGGGCCGGCCAGGGAGACUCCUCUGGACGCACCUUCCACCUCCGGGAAGCCCUCAGCCGCCAGGAACCUCUUGGACCCACCGAUAUUUGUUACCUGGUUGUCCCAGGUGCAGGACAAGCUCGUGGAGCUGAUGCAGAAAAGGUUGAAAACCCGUCUAGAAAACAUCCUGACCUGUGAUGGGAAAGAGUGGGCCAACUCUCCUUCCAGAGUAUUCCUCGAAAUCUUCCAGCUGCUGAAAGGAACCACAGAUUCAGUGCAAGACAUCGGGCCACCCAUCACCAGCCGGGUUCAAGCCAUGGUUCUGGAGACAUUUUCAAAGUUUCUGAAAAGAUACCAGGAUGAGGACGCUCCCCGCUUCCUCCAGCAGGAUGCUGGUGCCAGGAGCUUCCCCCAACUGCACGUGCUGCAAAACUGCUGCAUCCUUAGGAGAACGUGGCAGGAGCUGGGCCAGGAGCUGGGCCAGGCGCACACCCCGCUGGCUGACUUGGUGCGUGACACCAUCACGGCCAUUGAGGACCAGAGCCAGGAGGACCUCCUGCCUAGGGUCAGGAGCCUGUGCCAGAGUCUGCUGGAGUGUCACUUCGGGAGGAAGGACAAGGAUCUGGUCCAAGCUCUGCAGUCCCUGGGCGGGCGCCUGGAGGACUACCGCAGCAUGCACCCUACUCCCACGUACAGGAGCCUUGUGCAAGGUCUGUACAAGGUGGUCUUUGGGGAGUACAUCCAGGCCCUGGUCAGCCAUCUCAAGACGCUGGAGCCCAGGAGGUGGGGGGACCACGCAGAACAGGUGGAGUUGGACAUCUUGGAGCUGCACAAGAUCCUGGGGAAACAGGAGGCUGGGAGCUGCCUCCCGCAGGACCUGGGUGACGGAGCCCCUGGCUUGGAGGCCAUUGGGGAGAUCUUCCAGCUCGGCGAGAACCAAGGCAGCAAGUCUCUAGAUGAAUGGCUGGCCUCCUUCAGGGACAGGUUCCCCGGUUAUGUGAGUCAACAGGACCAGCCAGGCAGCUCCAGGGGCUUGGGGGAGACUGAGGCCGAGAGAUGCUGCUCUUGCUGCUCGCGUUUCUGCAAGCUUUGGUGACCAAGGGGACACGGCUUUGAUCCCUGGUCCAGGAAGAUUCCACAUGCUGCGGAGUGACUAAGCCUGUGUGCCACAACCACUGAGCCUGCGCUCUAGAGCUUCCGACCCACAGUUGCUGAGCCCAUGUGCCGCAGCUACUGAAGCCCACAUGCCUGGAGCCCGUGCUGCGCAAAAAGAGAAGGCGCUGCACUGAGAAGGCUGCACACUUCAAUGAAGAGUAGCCCCCAUUUGCUGCAACUAAAGAAAGCCUGCAUGCAGCAACGAAGACCCAACACAACCAAACAUAAAAUAAAUAAAUAAAUUUAUUUAAAAAACAAAGAUUAUUUACCCAGUGGAUUCUGAAACCAUCUGGAUGAAUUUUAUGAAGUUUGCAUGCUUUGUUACA